AUGGGAGACGGUCGAAGAAAUGAUCGCAACCCAGCCAUGUUUGGAGCCUCACAGCUUAUGAGAUGGAGCCUCAGCUCCUGCUCUAAUUUUCCCCAACAUAAGUACUUCUACAUAAACCAGCCCAUGACCUGGUUCCAGGCUCAGAACUACUGCAGAGAGCAUUACAAUGACCUGGCAACCUUUGAAAGCUACGAUGAUAUAAGCAUGCUAGAACCUACAUUUCCCUAUGAGUAUGCAUGGAUCGGACUGAUUGAUGACCCCAAAUCCUGGAAGGUAAACCUUGGAAAUAAGUCCAACUCCUGGAGAUGGUCAGUGACUGGUGAACCAGGCAAAACUACUUUUGAGGCUUGGGCUAGCUCAGAGCCCUCUUUUGGGAAUGCACAGGAAACCUGUGUAAACAUGGAUACUGAUGGGACUUGGAUAGACACUGACUGCACCAACAAAUACAGUUUUGUUUGUUACACAGUCACAAAACAAAGUGAGAAAGUCUAUAAUUUCUUCCCGACCGUGAAAUCAUGGAAUUCUGCUCAGGAAUACUGCAAAGAACACUACACAGACCUUGCUAUGAUUGAGAACGCUUUUGAAAACGCUAUGGUCUUUUCAAAAAUCGGUGGGAAGAGAGCUUGGAUCGGUCUGUACCGCGUGCCAUGGACAUGGUCUGACAGGUCUAACAGUUCCUUCAAGAACUGGGAUGACACUGACCCAAAUCACUUCCCCUUAAACGGACACUGUGGAGUCGAAGGGCCUCAUCAUAAGUGGCUGGACACAUCCUGUUCCGUACUCCAGCCUUUCAUUUGUCAACAAGUAACAAGAUUGACGACCACGCUGGGGAUGCAGAUUAUGACUGAUGCAAAUAUGACAGAUCCAGCUGUUAUUGAACAGUUUCUCCAGCAGAUCCAUGCAAGGCUAACACACCUGGGAUGGACAGACUUCAAGCUUCAGUGGAAGAAUCUACCCUCAAACCAAACCCAACAGACCUGAGUGAUCUUCAUUCGACCUCCUAAGCAGUCGAGAAAAUAUUCAACUGCUUCCCAAUGAUUUUGCUGUGUUGUUUAUCGAGUAGUUAAGCUAAUAGAAGAUAAUAACAGAGAAUAUUGUUGUUAGUAUGUAUGAUGUGAUGUUUCCUGAGCACCUUGUGUCCUCAGACUAAAUAAAGCAGGUGUAGGCUAUCAUCUCCAACAGAAGCAUUUAACUGCUGAAUGACUGGGGUUUUUGUGCAGUAGAAACAUGCACAUCUAUAAUGUUUAGAGACACUAGUGCUGUGGAUUUUCACUAUGGAUUUUCACAAGUUUGAUUGAUGGUUCAAUUUCCUUGUCAUUUUCUGUAGGUUCUGGGUUUCUUUAACCCCCCUUGACUACCACAGUCAAUUUGGUGUGUUUGUGUUACACCUACUUACACUUAACACCUGGUUCUUCGGGUGCUCUUAUUACUCAUGGAAUAGUCACAGUUGUACACCGACACAAUAGAAAUAUUGAUUAUUAUGUCAUGUCAUAAAUGUAUAUGUUCAUUUUACUGCCAUGUAUUAGAGAGAAACAAAGAGAGAAGAGGUUAAGGGUCAACCCAUGGUGGACAAUCUCAUCUCAAGGAUCUUAAAUAUGACCAGUGGAAAAGAAAACAAAACCAAAUCUGUCUCCCUUGAGCCCAGUAUACUCCACCUUUUCCUUCCCUUUAAAAACCUUUCUGCCUCAUCCAACAACCACUUUAUUUAUUUAUUGGCCAUUUUCCUCCCUCUUUUCUCUCAUACUCUUCUUCCUCUUCAAAUAUUUACCAUAAAGAUACAAAU